AUCACUUUGUCAAUUACGAGGUAGACAAACAUGUCAGCGCCCAUGAAUUGAGAUGGCGAACGAAGACACAGAAGUUGAGCUUGUUUCAAGUAAAAUUCAGGAAAAUGAAGAGCUGGAAGAUCUUUCAAAUUUAUCAAAAGAGAUAUGUGAUUGUAUGUUCACAGGCAUUAUUAAAAAAGACAAAGGAUCUCCAGUCGCAAGUCACAGUUCUUCGUAAACAAUUCACUGUGAAUGCAGCAACCAAGCAUGGGGAAGGGAGUGCAACUGAGGAGAUGGAAAGAAGUGCACCUGGGCAGAGGAAAAGAAGUUUGUCCAGUACUACAACAGAUGGUCAUGGACAAAAAUUUCAAAAAAAGAAUAAGAAAAUGCGUAUCUUUGAUUUCAAUAAGUACAAUACAAGACAUGUAGCUUUGAGGAUAGCCUACCUAGGCUGGGAUUACCAUGGCUUUGCAAGUCAAGAAUCUACAGAUAAAACAAUAGAGGCAUAUAUUUUUGAUGCUCUGCAAAAAACAAGACUUAUAGAAGAUCGUGCUACAGCGAAUUACUCACGUUGUGGUCGAACCGAUAAAGGAGUGAGUGCCUUCAGUCAGGUCAUAACACUUGACCUCCGGUCAAACCUUUUAGAAGGAUGUGGGGUCAUCAAACGACCUGGUGGUACUGCAGCUGAUAGGCCAGGUGAUAAAAGUAAAGAAAUUGAGUAUGUACAAAUAUUGAACCGUGUCCUUCCAAGAGAAAUUCGUGUGCUGGCCUGGGCUGCCGUUGGACAAACUCUAAGUGCAAGAUUUGAUGCAAAAAGUAGGACCUACAAGUAUGUUUUUCCCAAGGGGGAUCUGGAUAUUGAGGUAAUGAAGGAAGCUUCCCAGAAACUUAUUGGUGAGCAUGACUUCAGGAACUUCUGUAAGAUGGACGUUGCUAAUGGCGUUGUCAUGUUCAAGAGACGCAUAUUGUCAGCUUCUAUAGAACAUCUUGACAACAGUGAUGGAGGUUUUCAGCUUUACGAACUCACCAUUACUGGAGUAGCAUUUCUUUAUCAUCAAAUACGUUGUAUAAUGUCUAUUCUCUUGCUCAUUGGUAAACGCAAGGAAAAAGUAGAGAUAAUUGAUGAACUCUUUGAUGUGGAAUCUAACCCUUGUAAACCUCAGUACAAUAUGGCGGUAGAUUACCCACUAGUCCUUUACGAUUGUUCAUAUGAUGACAUUCAAUGGGUCUAUGACAAAGAUAAUCAUCAGCACAAUAUAAGAAAAUUUCAGCAAAUUUGGACAGAACUGGUGAUGAGGGGAACUAUUGUAAAGAGAAUGCUGGAUGGAAUGGACAAUGCUUCUUUCCAAUUAAAUGAAAAUGAUGGUCAAAGUCCAGGGAACUACGUACCAUGGUGUGAGAUCGCAGAACCCAUGUUGAUCCAAAAUGAUUAUCUGACAAUGGGAAAACCAUCACAACAGCACAAACCACUCAUGCAACGGAAAAAAGGAGAAAGCUUGGAAGAUCGAAUUGAACAUUACGCAAAGAAGAGAAAGCUAAUUGUAGAAAAUUCAUCAGAUGAAACAUAACAAAUAUUAUACAGUGAGGGCUUCACUGAGCACACAAUUACAAAACUUUUUAAUAUGCAUAUAAAAAAACUUCAUAAAACAUUCAUAAAAUAAGAUUGUACAGACUGUAAUUCUAUGUCAAGCAAUUUCAUCCUGUGUUACUUACAUUUCUCAAUCUAUUAUCAUUAAUGUUCAAUGUAUAUCAGUGUUUUUCUACACAUACUGAAAAUAAAAUUUAAAGAAACCAUG